UGCUCGAAUAGAAGAAUCUCACUCUCCCAUUUCUCCCCCACCAAAACCCUAAAAAGUGUCUUCUUCUUUCCAGCGACAGAUAUGGCGACAUCACCGGCUCUGCAGACGACGCUGUUCCUGUCCGCGAAUUCACUGAAGCAAUCGACCGGAGUUUCUCUGCAACCGAGGAGUUUGAUUUUCAAGAAGAGAGCGUCCUCCGCCGUGGUCUCCGCCGUCGGAGAUGUCUCCGCCGACGGAACCACCUACUUGAUCGCCGGAGCCGUCGCUGUAGCCCUUAUCGGUACCGCUUUUCCGAUCAUCUUCAAGCGUUCCGACACGUGUCCGGAAUGCGACGGGGCGGGAUUCGUGAGGAAAUCGGGGUCGUCUUUGAGGGCGAACGCAGCACGGAAGGAUCAAGCCCAGAUCGUUUGCGCCAACUGCAAUGGACUCGGCAAGCUUAACCAGAUCGACAAAUAAAAAUCUUUUUAUUACAUUUAAUAUUAUUCAUAUAAUAUAUGAUCUGUGUACAACAUCUCCCCUAAACACGAACCAUGUAAAUUUAAGAUCUUUGAUCUGUAGAUACGCCAUGAGCAACUGUUUUUUGUUCUUUCUUGUUUUCAUGAGAAAUUUCCUGAUAUAUAACCGGCAGAAGACCGGUUCGUUUUAAGCAAACCGAACCAGUUCAUGCUUCCCUCUUA